GACGCAGCGGGUCCGGUUUCCGGCGGGAGCGUGGGCCGCCAGACUCGGGAGAGGCUACCUCUCGUGUAAGGGUCCUGUGGACUGGCUGCAGUGGCCUCUGCGGUGGUGCCCGCCAGAAUGCCCCACUUGGAAAACGUGGUGCUUUGUCGCGAGUCUCAAGUGUCCACCUUGCAGUCCUUGUUUGGAGAGGUAUUGUAGUUAAACUGUCUUCCAGAUCCUGGAGGCAGGCGUUUCGGUAGUCUUGCGACCUGUUCCAAUAUUUUUUUUUCGUGUUUGGAUUGAGGGCCAAAAGGCCGUUUUUACGUUAAAUAGGGGUGUUGUGGUUCUGUACUGCUCCUUCACCCACAGUGUCUUCCGAAUAUUGAAGAGGAGACUGUCUGAAAAGGACCGGCCUGCACUAUAGGACGUUGCCUAAGACGUGUUUGACACACGCCACACUUUUGAGAAGUUUGCCCACAUUAGCUCCUAGAAGUUGCUUAUUAUCUUACGCCAGCCCAAUGACAUUUAUGUAACAGAUGUGUUUGCAGAGUGUUAUUUAUUCAAAUAGACAUCAUUUCAGCUUUCCAUCCAUUUUUAUUUAUGGACAUACUGCCAGUGGAAAGACCUAUGUAACACAAACGUUGUUGAAAACUUUAGAGCUCCCACAUGUCUUUGUGAAUUGUGUUGAAUGCUUUACCUUGAGGCUGCUUUUGGAACAAAUUUUAAGCAAAUUGAAUCAUCUUAGUUCUUCAGAGGAUGGAUGUUCUACUGAAAUAACCUGUGAAACAUUUAAUGACUUUGUUCGCUUGUUUAAACAAGUAACCACAGCUGAAAAUCUCAAAGGUCAGACUGUAUAUAUCGUUCUAGAUAAAGCAGAGUAUCUAAGAGAUAUGGAAGCAAAUCUUUUGCCUGGAUUUCUUAGAUUACAAGAAUUGGCUGACAGAAAUGUGACUGUUCUCUUUCUCAGUGAAAUUGUUUGGGAAAAGUUUCGUCCAAAUACUGGAUGCUUUGAGCCGUUUGUCUUAUAUUUCCCUGAUUACAGCAUAGGCAACCUUCAAAAGAUCCUGUCCCAUGAUCAUCCUCCAGAGUAUUCAGCUGAUUUCUAUGCUGCCUACAUUAACAUUCUUCUUGGAGUUUUCUACACUGUUUGUCGAGAUUUGAAAGAGCUCAGACAUCUGGCAGUACUUAAUUUUCCUAAAUAUUGUGAACCUGUGGUUAAAGGAGAAGCAAGUGAACGUGAUACUCGCAAACUGUGGAGAAAUAUUGAACCUCAUUUGAAGAAAGCUAUGCAGACUGUUUAUCUCAGGGAAAUAUCAAGUUCCCAGUGGGAAAAGCUACAGAAAGAUGACACAGAUCCGGGACAACUGAAAGGCCUCUCAGCUCAUACUCACGUGGAACUUCCAUAUUACUCUAAGUUCAUUCUAAUUGCUGCAUACCUGGCUUCAUACAAUCCAGCAAGAACUGACAAGAGGUUUUUUCUUAAGCAUCAUGGAAAAAUCAAGAAAACCAACUUUCUAAAAAAACACGAAAAGACGAGCAAUCAUCUGCUUGGACCAAAACCAUUUCCACUAGACAGAUUAUUAGCAAUAUUAUAUAGUAUCGUGGACAGCAGAGUUGCUCCAACAGCAAAUAUUUUUUCCCAGAUUACCUCUCUAGUGACCCUUCAGCUGUUAACCCUGGUUGGCCAUGAUGAUCAGCUUGAUGGACCAAAAUACAAAUGCACAGUGUCUCUAGACUUCAUCAGAGCUAUUGCAAGGACGGUGAACUUUGACAUAAUAAAAUACUUGUAUGAUUUCUUGUGAAAACAAGCUUCAAAGCCAUAUGGACACUGUGACAAUGACUAAGCCAAGCUGUGUUCAUCCAACUACUUAGCUGGCCAAGGAGAGGAGUUCUUUGGCUCUAUUGGAUUUGUCCAAACAGGUGCUGGCCCAGCAUGGAAUCUGAUGAAAAUAUUCUGAUUGGUCUGGGUGGAUGUGAGCAGAAGACUAUUUACCAGGGACCCUGGAGUAUUUGGAAGCAACGUGUUAAUUAUAAACAGCAGGGUUUGAGCACAAUCUGUUCUACUCUUAAUGAUGUUAUCUUAACACUGAAAUUGCCUGAAACCCAUUUACUUAGGACUACAUUUUGCUCUGUGAACUAUCCCCUGCGCUUUGAACGUGCCAGCAGCCCAUGUUUAUAUGCCCAUUCUUUUCACUUCCUCUCCACAGGAGCCUCUGCAGUCGCUUGCCAAAGCAGAUUUUCCUAAGGCCACUGUUUUAAAAGAUCAUAGUUGCAAAAUAUAAUAAAUACAAGUUCUUUUUAAAAUCCAA